AUGGCACUGCGCUCUGGCUGGGCUUGCUUUGGCCGGGUGUUGCGCAGGCUUUGCGAGCUGCAGGGCUCGUGGCUGCGGCGCUCCAGCAGCCUGUUGUGUCUGUCCACGCACCACGACAACGGGGAGAAGGCGUGGGGACAACACCAGCCCCCGUACGUGCGCUGCUGCUCCGCGAGGAACCCGAGGGGACAUGAACCCCUCGGACGCCGCUUCCUGUCGGCCAUGAAGCGGCAAAACGUGCGCACCUUGUCCCUGAUCGUGUGCACGUUGACCUAUCUGCUGGUGGGAGCCGCGGUGUUUGAUGCACUCGAGUCGGACUUCGAGAUGCGCGAAAAGGAGCAGCUGGAGGCGGAGGAGAAGCGGCUCCAGGGCAAGUACAACAUCAGCGAAGACGACUACCGCAAACUGGAGACUAUCAUCAUGGAGGCAGAGCCGCACCGCGCAGGGGUGCAGUGGAAGUUCGCUGGCUCCUUUUACUUUGCCAUCACGGUCAUCACCACUAUAGGUAAGGGUGUUUCUGUGCAUGCAAACUUGUUGCACUACAGAGACAGACUGGUGACCUGGACUCACACUGAAGCGCAACAGGUGAUGGUGGGAGUCUAUCAUAGAGUCUAG